AUGGAAACACUUAAUGGUUCAAACUUUAAGAGAUGGAAACAAGAGCUAGAAUUGUGUCUAGGAUACAAUGAUUAUGAGCAUGUCCUGCAUGAAGAUCCUCCAGCUGAGUUAACACCCACCAGUACUAGGAAAGCAAAAGAUAAAUAUGCUCAGUGGCAUAAACAUAACAGAAUGGCCCUAGUUAUCAUGAAAAGGUCCAUGUCAGAAGCUAUCAAGGGAGGUAUACCAGAUGCAAAACUAGCAAGGGAGUAUUUUAAGAACAUUGAAGAAAAGUAUCAAGUGUCUGACAAGGCUGAAACCGGAGCAUUAAUGAAUGCUCUUACUGGCAUGAAGUUUGAUGGAGUAGGGAGCAUUAGGGAAUACAUUCUUAAGGGGACAGAAACUGCAGCAAAAUUAAAGGCUUUAGGUGUCACUAUUGAUGAUCCCUUUCUAGUUCACCUAAUUCUGAAUUCCUUACCCUCAUAA